AUGGCAGAGCCUCAAUCAGGAGCGUCAGUUGCCGGACAAAAGAGAAAUCGUGACAAAACUUCGCUCUCGCCCCAAUCGGAGCACAAUAAUCCUCGACAGGCGCCUCAACCUGCGGCCUACGCAACCCGCCCCCGGGCAAGACGACCGUACAAUAAAGCCUCAUUCCGUCAGGGCUCUCGACACUCUACAGCAAACGCCUUUGCUGAGUCCACGAACUCUGAUCAGUCGAGGAGUUUGUCGCGCGCCUCUCGGCCAUUCCCCUACAAGUGGCACGACGACCUCAACCGGUCGAUAUUGGACGCCCUCAGUCGACCCAGAACUCCUGGAUCCAGCCGGCCCGCCAGCGUCAGCUCUACCCGUCCGGAGAGCGCUGCAUCUACAACAUCUCGAGCAAGCUCGUCGUCGUUGCGCAGCUGCCUCUCUCGAGGAAGCGGCCCCAACGAUGGCCGUCGUGUCCAUUGGUCCGAUCAAGAGCGGUCAUUGCCUUCGCCGGCUCCCCGAGCCCCCGCCCCGCCUCAACCUCUGACCUCGGAGGCCGUCUUACCGUUCGAAACGACCGCAACCGUCCACGAGAACACGACGGACCGCCCUCAUCCCCCAUCGCACCUCCCUGUUGAAGAACCCAAACUACCAUCUGCUCCUACACUCGAGGCUUCUGCAUCUCCCCCUGCCGAGGACGGCCUCGCCGACGGUGCUAGGACACGGAUCGCCGAGCCCGCAGCUGAAGGAGCCUCCGCGGUCACAUUGGCAACGGCGCAGGACAAGCAGCAGGAUGCUGGCAACCUCCUCGAACUACCAUCGGCUCCUACACUCGAUGCUUCUGCAUCUCCCCCUGCCGAGGACGACCUCGCCGACGGUGCUGGGACACAGAUCGCCGAGCCCGCAUCUGAAGGAGACUCCGCGGUCACAUUGACAACGGCGCCGGGCAAGCAGCAGGUCGCUGGCAACCUCCUCGAACUACCGUCUGCUCCUACACUCGAUGCUUUUGCAUCUCCCCCUGACGAGGACGACCUCGCCGACGGUGCUGGGACACAGAUCGCCGAGCCCGCAUCUGAAGGAGCCUCCGCGGCCACAUUGGCAACGGCGCAGGACAAGCAGCAGGCUGCUGGCAACCUCCUCAACUCGGCCAAACCCAGCACCUCACAAUUGAAGAGCGAAACCGACGUGACUCGACCAGUGAGCCGAAUCCCACGCAGGAUGGCCUCGAGCACGUUGAUGGCAGGCAGGAAGGCAUGUAUGGAGAAGCCAGAGAGCAGCAACAGUACCCAGCUGAACUUCAAGUCGAAGCAGGACCAAGACUCAGCUAUCUUCCACGAACUCAUCAGCCCCGGCGGGAAAACUUACACGGCCCGGACCGGCCAGCUGUUUGUAACGAACAACUCCGACACCCUAAUUGCCGUCGCGAGGCGCCUGAACCUUCUACCGACGGAGCUGAAGAGCAUCAGCGUACCAGUGCCCGUUCCGGAGCUCAAAGCUCGUGGGUGGAUAGGCAAGUUGGUAUCCGUUCGUGCGCGCCGCCGACCAGUCACCGGCGAGGCCAACCAUGGCUUCACCGAGGAGAGCCUGAUGAUCACACUUCGGCCCCUAGAGGGAGGACGAGCCCACACGUACGGCACGCGCGCUCUGCACGGACGCAGCAAGGAGCAGUGGAGGACUUUGGCGACAUUCUUGACCCAUUGCUUGGAGGUGGACUCUGUGUCCGCACAAGACAGCCCCGUCGCGCCCGCCCCAUCCCCGUCUCCAUCGUCUACUGGCAUCCUCCCCGACGAGCCAAGCGCAGUGCUUGCCUCCCGACCCAAGCCCAGCCGCUCCGACGUUGCGAAGCUCGCUGUGCUUGCGCCGAUCGUCGCAACCGUCCCAGCCGCAGACGUAGCCGACGCGAUGCCGAUAAGUCUUCGCGGCCAUCUCAACACCGCCGACGACGAUGAGACCACCAAAGUGGCCGAGUCACUCCGUCAAGACAAUGCAGGUGAUUCGAGGGCGAAUCAUGGCGAACGUCUGCGUGCCAACAUCGCAGCAAUUCGACAGAGCAUCGAAGACGGCCAGGAGCGCAUCCAGAUGCUAGAGGGACAGAUGGAUGCUCAACAACAGCAGAUAAAUACCAUUCGUGACCACCUCGCCUCGCAGCUGCUUAUCCUCGAGGACCUCGAGGCUGAGGUCGUCUCGUUUUCGUCGCUGCACCACCAAUAG